GACAGCAGAGGGCGCUUCAAGGCUCAGCUGUCGCUAUAGUUACCGCUGGGUGCGUAGCGGGGCUUACGAAGCUGACGCAGUGGGCGGCCCUGACACGGGCGGAGGCGGCAUUGGAGAAUUGGGAAGCUAGCGAGCCGCGGGAUGGAGGCAGCGGCGGCGGCGGCGGCGGCUUUGGCCCGGUGGCGGCGGCGCCGGAGACGGCGGCAAAAGGUUAAUCUGGACUGUCACACAGAGUCUGACACACACAUCCCUAGCAACUGAACUGGGGAAGGAACCACAGCAACUAUUCACAUGCAUCGUUCCUCAGCCAGUGGCUCCAGGCCCAGGGAGAAUAUGCUGAUGAAAUCUCAUGAAAUCUACAUCCAUGGACACGAACUAUCCCAAGAAAGCUUUUUGGGACAGAAGAAUGUUCUUUUACUGGACUACCUGCUAUAAGGUGAGCAUUGUGCCUGGUGAUCCUCCCCAGACCCACUAGCCAUGCCAGGGAUUGUGGUAUUCCGACGUCGCUGGUCUGUAGGCAGUGAUGACCUUGUUUUGCCAGCCAUCUUUCUUUUCCUCCUUCAUACCACUUGGUUCAUAAUCCUUUCUGUGGUGCUCUUUGGCCUGGCAUACAAUCCCAAUGAGACCUGCUCUCUCAACUUGGUGGACCACGGCAGAGGCUAUCUGGGUAUUUUGCUCAGCUGCAUGAUCGCAGAAGUUGCAAUCAUCUGGCUCAGCAUGCGUGGCAGCAUCCUGUACACAGAACCUCGAGAUUCAAUGCAAUACGUGUUGUACGUCAGACUGGCCAUCCUGGUGAUUGAGUUCGUCUAUGCUAUUGUGGGCAUUGUUUGGUUAACCCAGUACUACAGCUCCUGCAAUGAUGUUACUGCCAAGAGUGUCACUUUGGGAAUGGUCGUCUGCAACUGGGUUGUCAUUCUGAGUGUUUGCAUCACCGUCCUAUGCGUCUUUGACCCAACAGGGAGGACCUUUGUCAAAUUGCGAGCCACAAAGAGGAGGCAACGUAACUUGAGGACAUAUAACUUGAGGCACCGUUUGGAGGAAGGGCAGGCCAGCAGCUGGACCCGACGGCUGAAAGUUUUCCUCUGCUGCACACGAACAAAAGAUUCCCAGUCAGAUGCCUACUCAGAAAUUGCAUAUCUCUUUGCUGAGUUUUUCCGAGACCUUGACAUAGUCCCAUCUGAUAUCAUAGCAGGUCUGGUACUUCUUCGCCAACGGCAGAGAGCAAAACGCAAUGCAGUACUGGAUGAAGCAAACAAUGAUAUUCUAGCUUUCUUGUCAGGGAUGCCGGUAACCAGGAACACUAAGUAUCUGGAUCUGAAAAACUCACAAGAGAUGCUGCGAUACAAAGAGGUUUGUUACUACAUGCUCUUUGCAUUGGCUGCUUAUGGCUGGCCCAUGUAUUUGAUGAGGAAGCCUACCUGUGGACUCUGUCGCCUGGCCAGAUCCUGCUCAUGCUGUUGCCUCUGCCCCUCUCGGCCCCGCUAUGUACCUGGUGUCACUAUUGAGGAAGAUAAUUGCUGUGGCUGCAAUGCUAUUGCCAUCCGUCGCCACUUUCUUGAUGAAAACAUGACCUCUGUUGACAUUGUGUACACUUCCUGUCAUGAUGCGGUCUAUGAAACUCCCUUCUACGUUGCUGUAGAUCAUGAGAAGAAGAAAGUGGUCAUCAGUAUCCGAGGAACUUUGUCUCCAAAGGAUGCUCUGACUGAUCUGACUGGAGAUGCUGAGCGCCUCCCUGUGGAAGGUCAUCAUGGAACCUGGCUUGGACACAAGGGGAUGGUGCUGUCUGCUGAGUACAUAAAAAAGAAACUAGAGCAGGAGAUGGUGCUCUCUCAGGCCUUUGGUCGUGAUUUGGGCAGAGGAACAAAACACUAUGGCUUAAUUGUUGUGGGCCAUUCCUUAGGGGCAGGCACAGCUGCCAUUCUGUCCUUUCUGUUGCGUCCACAGUACCCAACUCUAAAGUGCUAUGCCUACUCUCCCCCAGGUGGGCUUUUAAGUGAUGAUGCAAUGGAGUACUCCAAAGAGUUUGUUACUGCAGUUGUACUGGGCAAAGACCUAGUCCCCAGGAUUGGCCUCUCACAACUGGAGGGAUUUCGCCGGCAGCUUCUUGAUGUCCUGCAGAGAAGCAACAAACCAAAAUGGAGAAUCAUUGUGGGUGCAACAAAAUGCAUACCCAAGUCUGAACUCCCUGAAGAGCCUGAAGUGAAUUCAGUAACCAGUCACCGCCUCUGGACCCAUCCCAGUGACUUAACCAUUGCCCUGUCAGCAAGCACACCACUCUACCCUCCUGGGCGCAUCAUCCAUGUGGUUCACAAUCACCCUGCUGAACAGUGCUGCUGCUGUGAUCAGGAGGAACCCACAUACUUUGCCAUUUGGGGAGACAACAAAGCAUUUAAUGAAGUGAUUAUUUCCCCAGCAAUGCUACAUGAACACCUGCCAUAUGUGGUCAUGGAGGGUCUCAACAAGGUCCUGGAGAAUUACAAUAAGGGCAAAACAGCCUUGCUUUCUGCCGCCAAAGUGAUGGUGAGUCCUACAGAAGUGGACCUGAACCCGGAGUUAAUCUUCCAGAAUCAGCCCCUGCCUAGGCCUUCUGUGCAGAUUGGAAUUGGAGACAUAAUAGUGGACAGAAGGAACAGCAGCACUAAGAGUAAGGCUCACUCUGAAAUCAGUUUGGAAGGGUUUUAUGAGACCAAGCUUCUAUCUCCAGUGCAGAAGGAUCCAGUGGAGCUCCUGCUUCUAGAUACCAAGGAGCGCCUCUCUGUAGAACUGCAGGACCGGCGUGCUCCUCUUGCUACAAUGGAGAGCCUGUCUGAUAAUGAAUCCAUUUACAGCUUUGAUUCAAGGCGUUCCUCUGGUUUUCGUAGCAUCCGUGGCUCACCCAGCCUCCAUGCAGUCAUGGAGAAAGAUGAGACUCACUGUUUUUAUAUUGACCCAGCAAUCCCUGAGGAAAACCCUUCCCUCAGCUCACGGACAGAGCUACUUGCUGCUGACAGCCUCUCCAAACACUCCCAGGAGACCCAGCCUCCUGAGGCCCUGCAAAACAGUGGAGGCACCACUCCUCAGCGACGAUGCAGUGAUGAAGGAGCUGGCAGUGAUACAGACCACAUUUCCUUCACUCCUCGGGAGGAACUGGCCCUCCAGAAUGGGAGGCUCAGUGAUGCCCCCAGUCCGCAAGUGUUGGAGUUUGCUGAAUUUAUAGACAGCCUCUUUAAUCUGGACAGCAAAAGCAGCUCAUUCCAGGACAUCUACUGCAUGAUGGUAUCGGACAGCACUAGUGAUUUUGCUGAGAUGCCCAAGUCUGUCAGCGAUCAGGAGAUCUUACUAAGAGCACAGUAUGAACCCAACUUAGUCCCAAAGCCCCCCAGGUUAUUUGCAGGCUCAACAGAUCCCUCCUCAGGCAUAUCAGUUUCCCCUUCUUUCCCUUUGAGUUCUUCUGGAGAGCUUAUGGACAUCACUCCUACAGGCUUGAGUAGCCAGGAAUGUUUGGCCACUGACAAAAUCCGGACUUCCACUCCCACUGGCAAUAUGACUAGUCCUGCCAAACAAGAGGACUGUGUGAUCUCAGCCCUCUAGUAUAGGAGAAAAGGGCCUAAAUAGCCAAUCCCGUACAUUGAAUCAUGAGAUAAAACCUGGGAGGAGCUGGUCACUGGGCAGGCGAGAGUUGUGGAGGAUGCAUGGGGAAGGGUGGCAUUCUUUCCUAGGUGCUACAUUGAUGGCACCACAAUGGAUGUCAGCAUGAAGGAUGCCACACCUUGGGUUGUGUUCUUCUGUUAGGGAGAAAAUCACUGCCUAAUGCAGCCUGCUGCUUUUUGAGGGCCUUGUUCACUGAUGUUAGAUGGCUGGUUUCCCUACCUCAGGAUAUUUGUUUAAACGAGGCAGUUUCCCUGCCUUUCCUGCUGAAAUUAGGAUGUUACUGUCCACAGGCUAGAGGACCAGAGUUACAGAAGCUGAGGGGUCAGGUAAUGUCCUUAUAAUUGUGCCCAAAUCAAGGAAAUUGUGACUUUGGACCUUGUUGCACUAGUGUGUCAUGUUUGACUCAAGCACCUGUUCAUCAUCAUCAUAUUUUUUUUAAAAAAAAACAGACACACUCUCCUGUUUUAUAGCCAUUAAGGCUGUGUUCCAGAGGAAUGCAGUCACCUGCUUCCCAAUCCUGACUGGGUACAGUGAAAAUUGGGAUGGGGCGUGUAUGUUUUGCUCCCCUGAUUAGCUCUGUGUUCAGUGAUAACCAGACUUCUUCUGAGAAGAAAGAAUGUACUGGAGAGUUGAAGGCCAUUGCCACAUUUCCUUACCCACCAGAGGGGUGAGAGGUCUUUUGGGUCUCACAGCAUUGCACAGCUCCCCAAAUUUCUAUGAACCAGUGACAAACUUGCUCUGUCUCACAGAAUGUUCAUCUCUAUCUGCAUGGAUUGAUUGGUUUAAACUAGCUUUUGGCUUGCCAAUGCCCUGCAUUAUUAUUCCCUAAAUCAUUAUGGGGCCCAGAGCCAAUUUGUCCCCAUUCCUGAUGUUUCAUUCACCUGCAGUAUCAUGGCAGGCCAAUGAUGGUCUGUCCCUGAGUUCAGGGAAAAGGUGGACUUUUACCGUGUGUUGAAAUCUCGUGUACGUUUACAGAGCUACUAAGCAUUUGGAAAAUAUUUAUGAAGUGUACAGGAGUGAGAAGAAUGUUCUCUGUGUUCCCAUCUCUUCCCUCAACAUGGGGCCUGAGGGAGUAUUGUUGUUACAAAUCCUUAUUAGAAAAUGAUGGGGUGAUGGGGUAUGCCACACUUCACCCACCCUAAUAUGAGGGGCUUAUCAACAUUACUCAACUGCACACAAUAGCUCAUAACAUUGCAUCUCAGCUACUAGUCCUGCAACGGUGCUCAUGUCUAAGAUCUUCUCACAACAGCAUGGUGACACUGUAAAAUUGCAGGGAUUUUCUAGUGAUGAAAUAGGAGUGAAAUAAUAUUUACAUAGGAAGUUAAACAUACUGUGACCUUCAGUCCAUUAUUGUACAAAAAUGUCAUAUCAUAUCAGAAUGUAGCAUUAAUGCAGUAGAAGAACUCUUACUAUAGGCCUCUUCAGCAUGCAGUCUUUGGAUGGUACACAGCAUACAAGCCAUGCAUUGCAAUCCAUCAAGUACUUGACAAAUCCCCUUGUGUUGCAGUCUUAGGUCCCCAAACAGGCUGCCACACCAAAGGGCACUUUCAAGUACCUGACAAGCUCCAGUCAGUUGUGCUCUAUGUGUCCUGGAGGUUGCUUGUUGCGAUGAACUGGAGAAGAGUGGGAGAAUUUCUAAUAGUGCCAUCCUAUAUGUGUCUACUUGGAAGCAAGUCCCACUGAGUUCAAUGGUGCUUGUUCCCAGGUAAGUGGGUAUAGGAUUGCAGCCUUAGUUCUAUUUCCUAAGGAGACUCUGUAGACUCACGUUGUUGCCUUGCAUAUUUUAACACUCCUAUGUAUGCUUGCUUGGAAACAAAUCCCCAUUGAGCUCCAUGGGCAUUUCUUCUGAAUAAAUAUGCAUAGGAUUAGACUGCAAAUUGGUGGGUGUAAAAUAGUACACUCACGUAACGUUAAUGUAAAUGAUUCUGCUAUAUGCAGGGCUUUAGUGGAUUGGAGCCUACUGAAUUAAAAUGCUUGUGUUCAACAUGACAAAAGGGUUCACCCCUCUUUCUGCCUUGAAAUGAUUAUUCAGUGGAAGAACAAGGUUUGAUUGAUAAAAUCCUACCAUUUUAAAAAUGGCUAAUUUUAUUCUUUAGGCUUGAUCCAAUCUGUUUUAAUAGCUUAGCUCUUCAACUUUUCCAAUUUUUUUCAGAAACUUCAAAGUCAGGCAGAAUUAUUUCUAGUUUCGAAGCAUAAUUUUAAAAUAUAUUUUUGUUAAACAAUUCAUUACAAGAACAGCUGUAUUUGCUCACUGUAGUGCUCUAAAGCAGCUGUUGACCAGGCUGAUCACAUAUGCUUUACUGAAGACACAGCAGGAAUAGGUGAGUGGUUAAAGGUAACGUCAGAAAAGUUUGUUGAUUUUAUUUCUGGGGGAAUGCACAUAAUAAACUGCAAGGUUUAUGGGGAAAUUUGGGGAUGCAGGGGUGUUGCAGAGUUUAAGCUGCAGGUUCUUAUAGCAGGAUAAGCUUGCCAAACUGAAUAGGCUGCUUGAGGGUCUGAUACAACCCAGGCAGUCUAUUAAUCUUGAGUACUGCCUUUUGAAUCAAGUUAUGAUUCAGUGCAAAUACUAAAGAGCGCUUUAAACUUCAAAGCACUUUACAAAUAAAAAUGAAUGGAUCUUCCCAGCUCUUCAGGUUGUGGGAAUGGGUGGUCGUGGAGAGAGGGAAGGGUGUAUGUGUGUGCAGCAUAUCUACUGUAUUACUAGGUGGAGGCAGUGCUGAAUCUGAACAUCCACUAAGAUGAAAGGAAGGCAGUUCCUUGCCUUAGGAUGGGGUGGCUAACCUUCGGCCCUCCAGAUUGUGUUGGAUUACAACUUCAUUAUCCCUGGCUGUUGGUCAUGCUGGCUUGGGCUGAUGGAGGGCCACAAGUCCCCCACCCUGCCUUGGAAGAUUACUUUAGGCUUGGAGAGCAGGCUGAGAGGCUGUUGAUGCAGCUCAGAGAAAGCUUUAAUUUGUUCUGUUAGUAGUGAUGAGAUUGUGAAUGAUGCAACAAGUUAUUGCACUACAAUGUUGUGCCUGACCUGAACACCAUUUCAUUGCCAUUUCAUGGGUUUUGUUACUUUUUAAAGCUGUUUGAUUGUAUCCCAAAAGAAUGUUUGUUACCCUCUUCUUUGCCAAUAGUAGCAGGAAUCAGACUGUCUUAACUGCUUUUGUCCCAGAUUGUCUGUGUGUUUUCUGUGACUAUGGGGCUUUUGCCAAGAAGAAAGACAAUACACAAAUUCAGGUGACACGUAACAACUCACCAAGAGAGGAUAGUGUGAAAUGGGAGUUGACUAGAAACAUUUAUUUGUGGCAUUACACCUCAUCCUCUUAUUUGUUCCUUUUUUGAAAAAAAAAGGUCUUGGUUUUACACUACAAAGGCUAACAAUUACACCAAUAAUUCACAAGUAUAGCUUGAAUUAUUUUAGCAUACCUAUAUCCAGUCUAACUAUAGGAAAGAGCUAGAAAAUGACAUACUAUUGACACACCCGCUGAUGGGCCUAUUGAGUUUCAUGUCUGAAACAUGUUGAUACCUAUUUCACACAAACUGCUUGUGCUCUGAUGCAUUGGUUUUCUAACUCUUCUGUCUAGCUUUAAAAGAUCCUUCAUGGUUUUGCUUCUAGUCUUGAUCCUCAAGAUGCUGUGUCCUCUCUCUGCCUACUCAGCACUUUGGGUUUUUGAAUUUUCCUUUGAAAUAUGUCAUGACAUGAUUGGUUGAGUGCUAGGACUACAUCUGAACCAAUAGCCAACAAUGGAACAGUUCCUAGUUGUAGCAAAGUCAUUGUCGUCCCUUUACAUAGCCAACAUCAGUGGGCUAGUAGAUUUUGGGAGGAACUGCAUACUCUGGUGAAGCUUUGGAGCGGAGUGAGCCAAUUAAUUUAUACUUGCAGGCAGGAUUUUGUGCACUUUAAAAACUGAAAUAUGUGAUCAAAGGCCCCAUGCAGAUGCUGUUACAGCUUUGCCAAAGAUGUCCUCAUAAAGGAUAGCUCCUAGCUGGGAGAAAGACUUCUUACUAGCAGAGCAACGAAUGACAAGCACUUUCAUUCUUUUCUGAAAGAGGGUACUUUCCCAUAUACGCUUUUGAGCUGAGUUAUACAUUAAAUUGGGAGUGGGAAUUAAAAGUCAGAACUUAUGAUAGUAGCUUUCAUAAUUUCUCUCCUUUUCAAUUAAUUUUGACAUUUCCUAUCUCAUUCUGCCAGGGUACCCAUUCCCUCUUCAAACAUUUUCAUUCUACAUCUGAUCCAUCAUCUUUUCCCGGCACAAUUCUCCUGUUGAUAAAUAUGCUCCACCUGUAUUUCUUCAACAUUUCAUUCCAGUUAGCACAAGGGGCAUCUCAUUGCUUCAAAGGUUUGUCUUCACACACCCUAACCUCCACAUUUUAAAGCAACAGACUUUCCCCAGUAGAGUGCUUUUGUUGCAAGGAUGCUGGUUUCCCAGUACUCAGACUUAAAACAUUUUGUUUGGAAAAUGUGAUUCUUCUCCCAUCUAGCAUAUUUAUUGUUAUUUGAUUGUAACUGCAUGAGUAUCACAGGUAUCUAUGGAACAGUGCCUAUGAAAAACAUGUCAUUUCGCCCUAGCAUCAUUUUAAGUACUUAUGGGCCUUCUUUGUUUUUAUUUACAUUUUAUUUAUUUUAUUUUUUAUUUACAUUUGAAGACUGUGCUCUUUCCAAGCUUGCACUUCACUGCUGGAGCAAUCAUCCCAGGCCAGUAAAAAAAAACUUUCAGAAACAAGCUAGCACCAAACCAUUCAACCAGUCCUGUUCACGUAAAAGGUGUGGUGGUCAACAGCUUGGAUGUCCCUUCAUCAAUUAUGUGGGGAUGAAAUAUUUGUGCUACUAGUGCUGAAUUGGAGUUAGCACAGGUACAGUAAAAGAUAAAGGUGUCUCUGCACUUAUAGUGCAAGUCGUUUCUGACUCUUAGGGUGCCGUCUUGCGACGUUUACUAGGCAGACCGUAUAUAUGGGGUGGGUUUGCCAGUUCCUUCCCCGGUGUUUCUUUACCCCCCAGCAUAUGCCAGGUACUCAUUUUACCGACCACGGAUGGAUGGAAGGCUGAGUGGACCUUGACCCUUUUACUGGAGAUUCGACUUCCUCCUUCCGUUGGAAUCGAACUCCGGCCGUGAGCAGAGCUUCGGCUGCGUUACUGCCGCUUACCACUCUGUGCCACGGAGGAUCCCCACAGGUAUAGUACUGUGGAUAAAAUCCUACAUAUCUGAUCCUCAGAAGCUAUCUUAUCCUUAGUCAGACUAUUAGUCCAUCCAGCCAAGUAUUAUUUACUCUGGCCAUGCCUCUGGAGUGUUUCAGGUAGAGGUCUUUUUUCCUGAGAUCCUUUGUAAUUGGAGAUGCCAAGAACUGAACCUGGGACAUUCUACAGACAAGAUAUGCACUUGAUUGCUGAAGCAUGGCUACGCUCUUCAAAAACAUGUUUUUUCUAUCACAAAACUUAAGUGAUGAAAAUCUGCAGCUCCUUUUGCAAUUUAUUCAGGAGUAUGCCUUUUUCCAAUUGAAAUGAACCAAUGUUAAUUUUAAUUGUGUUUUUUAUGUCU